GGCGUAGCCGAAUCCACCACCUUCUCAAAUGUUCUCUAAACUGUUCUCUGAAGACUGUAAGCCCUGCUUUCACCCCUAUCUCCCCUUCCAAAUUUUCGUUUUGUAGAACUGAAACUUGAUCAUAUUUAAUUAGAGGUGUUAACUUUUAGCCACAAUGGAGCCACAAGAGACGUUAAUAUGGAAAUCAGAGCCGCCACAGGCACCGGAAUCGAUGGUUUCUGUGAGUAUAGGAAGAGCUAUAAUCACUAUACUCGGCGCUCGCUCCAGGAAGCUCCACGAUGCCAUUUCUCGUCUUUCUCCUGAUUCUAACAAAAGGCCUUCUCUCGGGUCCUUGGAGGAUUCCCUAUGGUUUCUGCACAAGUUCGUUAAAGACGGUGCUGAGAGAGACCAGAAAUUGGAUGAUAUUCUCAUUCCCAUCAUUCAACAUUCUUUGAGGAGCAAAGACUCUAAGCAGGUUGUGCAAGCUUUGAUACUUAUAAACUGGUUCUUUCAAGAUGAAUUUCUUUUCGAAAAGGUUUCUAUGAGUCUCGCUGACAUUUUGUCGAGAAAAGAUGAUCGUUAUAUAGCUCUUGGUUGGUGUAUUCUUGUUCGUCGACUUGUGGAGUAUGAGAGUCUUGCUGAUCAGUAUCCUCUAAAUGGAAUAAGAGACAAUUACAAUGCUUUGUUGAAGAUACUUUGCUCGUGUAUCCCUUGUUUGACACAUAUAGCAUCCAAGGGAAGCACUUUCCAGGAUGGAUUUGAGUUGCCGUCUCGCCUUUCAAUAUCUGCUGCUGAUUGUAUUUUAUCUAUCAGUGAAGCAUUAACAAAAAAGAAUAAGGUUUUGAGCAAAAAUCGAAAAUUAUUGAAUUCAAAUGCAUCUGACCCACCUAUUAGUCCUGUACCAGCUGUGACUGGGGAGAAGAGUGCAAAAACAUCUUCUGAAUUUUCAGACUCAAACUUUGACAUGGCAUACUUGCUUUGGGAGAGGAUACAGGAACUUACUACUUUAAUGCAGAGACUUCUUGCUUGGAGCAAAAAAAGUAGGCCGUUGCAUGCUAAAGGGGUGGAGCAAGUGCUUAAAUGGUUGCAGGAAAUAGAAGCGCACUAUGGUUACCUUCAGGAUGAGGCAGAUGCAAAAAUCCCCAAAACUGGACCCCUGCUACUCUCUUCUUGUUGGAGGCACUACAGCAUUUUAUUGCAUUUGGAAGAUCAGAAAUUUUCUCAACUUUGCAAUGAAUUGUUGGUCCAGUAUAUAUCCGGCAUCCAGUAUUAUACAGACAACCAUGCUGAGGGCCACACAGGGAACAAGGAUGAUGGUAUGGAUGCUAGAAAGUUUUUUCUGAACUCUCUAUGCCUUCUUUUGGGUCGUUUUGACAGCAAGAAAUUUGAAAGCACAAUGUCAGAAUAUGGAAUGCAGAUAUCGCGCGCUCUUCUAUCUCAGCUUCACUGUACUGAUGAAGAUGUCAUAGCUGGAGCUGUUUGCAUACUUAAGGAAGCCAUUUUUAAACCAAAAUUUCAUUCUGGAGAUGGCUUUGCUGAUGGUAGACAGAUGGAUAUGGUGUUACCUUUGUUGCUUAACCUUCUAGAUGAGCGUGAUGGCAUUGCUAAAGCAGCUGUUGUGCUCAUAGCAGAAUAUUGCUCCAUGACCUCAAACACUGAUUGUCUGAAACAAGUCCUGGAGCGCCUUGCUUCUGGAAAUGCUUUGCAGAGAAGGAAUGCUAUUGAUGUUGUCUCAAAAAUGUUGUGCAUGUCGUCGGACUUCACAAGCCAACUUUCCCAUUUGGCAUGGCAAGAAAUAGCGAACAACUUACUAGAACGCCUCAGUGACAAAGAUAUUACAAUUCGUGAACAAGCAUCUAAAUUGAUUUCAAUGAUAGAUCCAGGAUUAGUUUUGCCUUCUUUAGUUCACCUUAUUAAUUCAUCAGAUGAAGGGGUGCAGUCAUAUGCUAGUACUUCAUUAACUACAAUGCUCAAAUAUCAUAACCAGAAGCCUGAAGUUAUAUGCAUGCUGCUUGACUGCCUUAGCAAUCUCAACAAUGGUCUAGAUCUUUCAAAAAAUACUGGUCAAAGGGAAGGUCCAAAGGUGGACAUCGAUCGAGUACUUAAGCUGGUGCCAGAGUGGGCAAAAAGCGUAAGACUAAAUGUUCAAAACUGGAACUCCUUGAUUGGACCAUUGAUUGACAAGAUGUUUGCUGAUCCAGCAAAUGCAACUAUAGUGCGGUUUUUGAGCUGUAUAAGUGAAUACCUAGCCGAAGCUGCAGAUGUAGUACUCUAUCAUGUCCUGUUGCAGAUGAAGUCACAGAAAGGGAUCAAUGAAGGCUUCUUGUCCAGAUUUGAGAGUAAAUCCUACAUGAGUGAGGAGUUGAUGGAAAUGCAACAAUCUUUAUUUGAGCGCCUUUGUCCAUUACUUAUCAUUCGGAUGCUUCCACUGGGAGUUUUUGAUAACCUCAAGUCACAUACUAUGUAUGGUCAACUUGCCAUCCAAGGCAUCAUUCAUGAUAUUAAUGUUGCUGAUGAGUGUGUUGCUGCAUCUCUUCUACAGAGGGCAUUUAAUAAGUACGAAUUUGAAGAUGUAAGGAAACUGGCUGCUGAGCUCUGUGGCCGUAUUCAUCCUCAGGUGCUCUUUCCAGCUGUUUCCUCCAUAUUGGAACAUGCUGCAAUUUCACGUGAUAUGCUAAGGAUAAAAGCUUGUCUAUUUUCCAUAUGCACUUCUCUUAUGGUUAGAGGGAAGGAUGCAGUUUCUCAUCCUGCUAUUUUUCAAAUCAGAAAAGUGAUGGAGAUAGUUCUGUUGUGGCCGUCUUUGGACGGGGAUGAAGUUUCCAAAGCACAGCAUGGGUGUAUUGACUGCUUAGCACUAAUGAUAUGUGCUGAACUGCAAGCUCUCAAGUCAUUUAAGGACUCCUCAGAGAAGUCUAGCAUUAUUGGGAAAACCAAAUAUUCUGGGAAUGAUGUGUCUGGUAAUUCUGCACUGGCCUAUGUAAUCCAUCAAUUGACAAAUGAUAAAAGAGAAGUUUCUGACUCCGAAAUAAGCGAUGAAGAAAAUAAACUUGAUGCACCAGUUAGACUUUCCUUUCGUCUUUGUAUGGCUAACACUCUCAUAAGUGCUUGCCAGAAGAUCUCAGAUUCUGGCAAGAAAUCUUUUGCUCGUAUUAUUCUUCCAAAUCUUAUUCGAUCUGUUGAGAUGAUAAUGCAUGCAGAGAUAAGAGCUGCUUGUGUUCAGGUUCUGUUUUCAGCUGUGUACCAUCUAAAGUCUGCAAUCCUUCCAUAUUCAGCUGACCUUCUUAAAGUCUCCCUGAAAGUUCUUAGAGAAGGUUCUGAGAAGGAAAAGAUGGCAGGUGCAAAGCUAGUGGCAUCACUCAUGGGCAGUGAAGAUGCCAUUUUGGAAAACAUAUCAGAGGGAUUGCUAGAAGCCAGACAAGUGCUCUCAACCAUAUCUUCUUCAAAUCCUUCACCUGAUUUGCUUGUAAUAUGCAAGAAGUUGCUAGGAUGCAUAAUAACUUCUUGAAUUCCUAUGGCCAAACUUCUAAAUCCUGAUAGUUGGACUUUCCGCAAUGUAGUCAAUGAAAAGUCUUCUAAUUACAUACUAAUUUUGUGUACAGUUUCCUAACACACACUAUCUAUUUAUUUGGUAUUAUUUCAGUUAA